AUGGCCCUGGGCCUCGUUGUAACCACCGGGCCUCCGGGGCAGCAGGAGGCCGAGGAGGACUUUGCGAGCCGCUUCGGGAUCAGCCUUCCGGUUUUGGUCUCCAUCUGCCUGGGUGUUGGCAUCUGUGGUUUGCUUUGCCUCUGCACGCUCUGUCCGAUCCUGGCCAGUCCCCGGACGCUGAAUCUCUUCCGCGUGAAUGCGCCCGAGCGCAUGGAUGCGAAGAAGAUGAAGCAGUUGGAGAGCAUCUUGCAGAUGAAGCGGGAGGUGAAGAACUUGGAGACCCAAGUCCAGGAGCGUGCGACCGCGACAGACGACUGGGGCAUGUCGCACAAGGUGCAAAGCGAAGAGCAGAGGAUGCUCGAGCGACAGCUGGAUCGCAAGCGAAAGCAGCAAGCCAAGAUGGAACAAACUGCCGAAUCAGGUGAGCAAAGGGAAGUCAAGAAAGAAGAGCAAGUGCAGAGGAAAAGAGCAGACGACGAGCGAUAUCGUCGCAUGAAGGAGGCCUACCGGCCCAAGACCAUCGUCGUGGACGGCGUCGCGCUGGGAGCCCCCGAGUCGGUGCUCCUCGAGCUGGGCUUCACGCCGGAAGCACUGGAGGCUUUCAGAAUGCCAGGCUUUUCCAGCGACGCUGACGGACGCCCCGCCAUGGAGGAGGAAGAGGAGGCGGUGGAAAAUGAGGACGAGACUGGUCCUCCGCCGCCUCCGGAGGAUCAGGCGUCAGAAGCAGCUUUUGACCUGGCUGCCCUUGAGGCGGCGGCGGCGGCUCGGAACGCCAAGUUCGACGACGUGGCGCUGCGCCUGCCUCCCGAGCUGGACGAGGCUCCAAACAUUGCCAGGGAGGGCGCUGGCCUCAAGCGCCGAGGGGGCAUGGCAGGUCCCAAGGAGGGCGAGCCCAUGGACGCAGAGCUGCUAAAGCGCGCUCAGCAGAGGGCUGCUGGCCUCAAAGUUGGCGCCGAAAUACACGAAGACCACGAGGUGGACAAGUGGAUCGGACCUGGCUCAGAGCCCCCAUCACCAAGGGCAGACUCUUCCCGCAGCCAAGCGAGCAACGCGCAGCUGCUGGACUGGGAUGCACUGGACGUGGACAACGAGGCACUGAAAAAGGAGAAGAUAAGGGAACAGGCCAAGGCUACCUUGGCGAAGCAGCGGCUCCGAGCCAUCACGGAAAGUGACAAGAAGGACGCCGUAGCUGUGGAGUCCGACGACUCGCAAGACGAGGACAUCGAGGUGAAGCUGGGGCGAGCUGCCGCACCCAUGGCAGAGGGUGCCCUCAUGAGCGUCUUCAUCAAGAAGGAGCCGACCAAGGCCACACAGGCCCGUGAGGUGCAGGCAGAGCCCGAGGAGCUGGCCGUCCCUGUCCCCGAGGCCCCCGAAACGGCCGCUGCCAGCAGCGCGGCGGGAUCGCAGCGGGUGUAUCAGGGAAAGGUGCACGCUGGCAUGCCAGUCCGCCCUCGCGGCCUUGGCACCCCCCGUCGAGACAUGCUUGUUGGGGAGGUUCAUCGGAGCUCCCUGGAUGCGUCGACGACGCUGACCAAGGAUGGCUUGCCAUGGGGCCGCUUCCACUCGACGAAGCCGCACUACCGGACUCCGGAGGAGAAGGCGGAAGCCCUCAAGUCGCAAAAGCAGAUGGGCUUCUUCCAGCGGAUGUUUGGAGGUGGGGACGAAGCCGACCACGAGGUCGUGGAAUAG